GAAGCAAAAUGCAGUGUGCCAUCUGCAGAAAAAGUGGAAGAAGCUGAUCAACCCAGUGAUAUAGAAGAAGGAGGAUUGGAUCUCAGUGUGUCACUCAAACCUGUCAGUUUUUACAUCACAGACAAAAAAGAAAUGCUUCAACAAUGUUUCUGUGUCAUAGGAGAGAAAAAACUACAGAAGAUGCUGCCUGAUAUUUUAAAGAACUGUUCCAUGGAGGAAAUCAAAAGGCUUUGCUUGGAGCAGUUGGAGCUGUUAUCUGAAAAAAAACUGUUGAAGAUACUUGAAGGCAAGAUUGGAGCCGAUUCUGAUUCUGAAGAGGAGGCAGAUGGAGGAAACAAGACUGGAGGUGAAUCAGUCAGUCAACAGGACAACAGUAUAGACUCUACUUCUUGUCUCAGAGAAGACAAGCUGGAAAGUCAGGAACCAAAACAAGGCAAGGGAGAAGAUAGUGAUGUCCUCAGCAUAAAUGCAGAUGCGUAUGAUAGUGACAUAGAAGGUCCAUGCAAUGAAGAAGAAGGCCCAGAUGUGCAAGAGAACACUGUCAGAAGUGGAGCCAGUCAGAUAGAUGACCUUCAGAAGGACAUUGAAAAAAGCGUGAAUGAGAUACUGGGAUUGGCAGAGUCCAGCCCAAAGGAGCCCAAAGCAGCAACCUUAGCCAUUGCUCCAUCAGAAGAUGUUCAGCCAUCAGCACAGCAGCUGGAGCUUCUGGAGCUUGAGAUGAGGGCCAGAGCUAUUAAGGCUCUGAUGAAAGCUGGUGAUGUAAAAAAACAACCCUGAGAUUGUUUAAAUUUAAUUUUCAGUAUUUGUUU